AUGAGCAACUCAUAGUAAAUGUUCUGUCAAGAUCAUAAAAACUAAUAAAUUACAGCAAUUUGUAAAAUUCCUCGAUCUAAUGGUAAAACAAAAAUGUGCCAAAAAUGCCUUGUAAAUGAUCGCAGUAUCAAAGAGGGAGAUAUUAUCUUCAUUAAUGAAUUUGAAACUGAGAUAGAAAGUUUGAAAUCAGCUUUAGAAACAAUACAAAAUACACAAUUAUAAUAAUUGGAAAUAUUAAAUGAAAUACAUUAAUCAUAAGAUAGAUUAAGGUAAGUCAUCCUUCUUAUGAGACAGAAAAAACAUUCUUUAGAUAAUUUUAUACAAAGAUCUUUAAGUUCUUUGUAAAUAGAAAGCAUUAACUUAAGUGACAAUGAAGUAAGUGAUUUUAUGUAACUAUUUAAUCAACAGGAAUUGUUAAGAAGUAUAAAUCUAGAGUUAUAAAAAUCUCUCAAUCCAUUAAAAGAUUUAAGAACACGUUUAAACUAAUAAUGUGAAAAAAUUCUAUAAGACAUCUAAUCAAUAAAUCAGAUUCUAAAUGAAGAAGAAUCAAUCUUCUCAGAAAAUUAAUAAGAAAAUUAACAUCAGGAACAUCAGAAUCAUGACCUUAAUUCAUAUGUGUCUUUAGCUAAUCCCGAAAGUUAUUACUUCUCUAAUAGUCGAGCCGAAAGUCCUGUAGCGGAAUCAUUCUAAAAAAUCAUUUAAAACUAUUAAUAUUAAAUCAAUGAAUCUCUUUUUAAUACGUAGAUGUUUGUAAAUUCAAUAUCAUCCUAAAUUAUUUUAAAAAGGUAAUCAGGAAGAGAAUUAAAUGAAAACAUCUUAAUAAAUUUAAAUUUCGAUAUUUUGGCAAAUAUCUUUGAAGUUGAAGUUGAUCCAUAUUUGACCAUAGGAGAAUUAGCUCAGGAAUUCAAAAUUGUUCUUAAUCAUCAAAAGGAAAUAAUAUUUUUGUACAAAAAUAACAUUUUAAAUGAGGAAAAAUCCUUGAAAUAAUUAAAUAUUUCAAAUGGUUUUACUCUCUAGGGUUAGCUAAAAUAUUGAAAAUAAAACAUAAAUAUUUUGAAAACAUAAUUUUUUAA